CAUUUCUCCCACAUCCUCAACCAUCAUGCCGUCCCACGACCACUUCGCCGCUCACAAUGGCUGCUCGUGCGCAGACCACGACGGCAGCGCGCUCGAGCAGGAUCUCGCCCUACUCGAUGUGCUCAGCGGACCUGCAUUGCCGACCGUCAAGCAUCGACUCUCGAGACGAGAUGCCGUCCUAGACCCUUUACUGUUGGCCGCUGCUGCAAUGUCUGGUCCACACAUCACUCGCAAUCACUACCACCACGAUUUCUUCCCCGGCGUCGCACUUCCUACGACCAAAGGUUCGUACGACUGGACCAAGUGGGUGGGUGAGGAUGCGAGUGCUCGGGAUGAUAUCAAGAAGUCGACGUAUCGAAGUCGGCAGGCUCCUCGCAGAGUUCGCCUUCAAGCAGAGGGAAAGGAGACCGACCGUUCGGAAGCUCGGUCGCAGACCGGCGAAGCCAUUUCAUCGCCCACAUCUAUCCCUCCUUCGAAAGAGACAAUUCAUUCAUCUCCUCAUCCCACAUCUACCACACAACCACUCUUAUCCUCACCAUCCAUCUCCGAUCCUUCGAAUGGUGUGCGGGUGAAAUGUAUGGCUCGAACCCGCAUACCUACGCCACACGGUCUUGCCUUCCUCCAUCUCUACCACAACAACGUCGACUCGAAGGAACAUUUAGCCAUCGUCGUCGACCCAGCUCAACUAUCUGAUGAUGGUGCCUCUUCAUCAGCCACACAGCCCAUCCGUAGCGCUUCGCUGGAUGCUGUAUGGAGUGACACAGAAACCGACAUGGAUCGCAUCACUCGCGGCGCUUACGUUGGCCGACUCUCUGCCACUUCCCAAAACGUUUCAUCCCCUCUGAGCAAAAGCAAUUACACCCCUCAUCCCACUUCGGACCGUAUUCCAGCACCCUUAGUUCGAAUUCACUCGGAGUGUUUUACCGGAGAGACCAUUGGUAGCAUGCGCUGCGAUUGUGGCGAACAGCUCGAUGAGGCUAUACGCCUGAUGUCGCAGCCAGUUCUCCUGCCACCAGCAGUCCCUCACGGCCACAGAGAAACCAUCCCUGGACGCGGAGUUGUCGUGUAUAUGAGACAGGAGGGGCGUGGCAUUGGACUUUUGUCGAAGAUUCGGGCGUAUAACCUGCAGGACCUCGGACACGACACCGUCGCUGCGAACUUGAUGUUGGGCCAUGGAGCUGACGAGCGUCGGUACGACGUCGCUAUCGCGAUUUUGCGGGACUUGGGUUUGGGCUCGGAGGCGGGUGAGGGUGUGAAGUUGUUGACGAACAAUCCGGACAAGGUCCAUGCGAUGGAGAAGGAGGGUUUGAAGAUCGUUGAGAGGGUGCCGAUGGUUCCGCGAAGCUGGAGGAAGAAGGAACGGUUGGCGGCACCUCAUGUCGUGGAAAGGAUUCCCGGUGCGACUAUGGUGGGAGGACAUGCGGUUCAUGGAGAUGAUCUCGAAAAGUACCUACGGACGAAGGUAUUGCGGAUGGGCCACAUGCUCCCUUUGCAUUAA